GAAAUCUUGUCUAGCAGACGGUAGAAAACAUCGUAGUUACCAGCUAAUAGAAGAAAUCAAAUCACAAGAUACAAACGUUCCAGUGUUUUCGUUACUGACGCAUUGAAAAUUGACUAGAAAGAGAAAUCUGGGGUAUUUCCAAAUAUUAAAAAAAUUGCGACUUUCAUGGUAAAAUCUGGAAAUUCACAGUAGUUUUUCAAUCUUAAUAACAGACAGGAAACUGCGUAAUUUAGCAAUAAAAAAUAUGACGGACAGUAACCCUUUCCUCGCGUUAUUUAGCAGCAAAGCUGCUAAUGCUGGAAAUGUGCAAUCUUCAACUGGAUUAACAAAAGAUGUGUUUCAAGAGCAGGAUACUGACGAUAAAGAUGAGAGCUCCUUCAAUAAGGUUGCAGAAAAUGUUUUCAUGCUCACCCUCAAACCCAAUAGGAAAAAGAAUUGUCCUUUAUAUUACAUGCAAGAUUUGGCAGGUGCACUAAAAAUGGACUAUUUUGACCAAACAGCAUUGGAUCAGGCUGUAUUGGAGUAUGCUGUGGGACUUGCAGAUUCUCUAGUCAAUUACCUAUUUCAGUGUUUUGAGCGUUACCAUAGUAUUUGCAACAAGUCCAGGUUCAGUGGUGUACAUAGAACCAUAUUUAUCAACCUGGAUUUGGCAUUAUCACAACCAGAGCUGUUUCCUAAACAAAAUUUACAUGAAGAUUUCCUUCAACUUUUGGCUUUCCCUAUUGAAGACAUUACCUCCAAAUUCUUAGAAGACUUUAUCCAACAUAUCCUCGAACAAGAAAAUUCCAGUUCUGUAGCAGAAGUUUUUGAACCAGUACUUCUCUGUUUAAAAACCAAGCUGUCCAACAUGCACCUGCUAGUUGGGAAUCAGCAUGGGUUGGAUGCUAUGUUGGUGAUGAGCAAAAAUCCAGCGCUCGCGAAGGCUAUGGUGUUGUCUUCCAUAUUGAACGAGAGCUCAGUUAAAGUAGGAAGGCAAUGCGAAGAUACUUUGCUGGGUUCGCUAUUUUUGUGCUCAUGCAUUCCGCGCGUUCCUGGAACCACUUCGGAUUUCUUCGAUCGUCCCUCGCGAUCGCCACCGUCUGUCCAUGUUACAACGGAAGGAAACAUCUGGGCAGCGUCGGAACGGAUCAUGGACAAGACGUACAAAAUAUUUUAUAAUUUAUUUAAAUCAUCGCCAGAAGUUCAAGAUCUCACCCGAAAGUGGCUAGGGCAGGUAUUGGCACUGAAUAAGGCGCGUGGGCAGAUGUGGGCCCAACAUGAUACGACAGCUCUGAUAGACUGUGUUUCAGACGGAUUUAUGACCAACUUGGGGGCUGUACUCCUUCAGCUUUGCCGGCCUUUCUGUUCCCAGGAUGACCCAAAAGCAUAUGAUCGGCUGAAUAAAAUUGAUGCCACGUUUUGUGCUGCUAAACCGACUGACGGCAAUGGCGUUCACGUUGCUGAUCUGUAUAAGGAAACUUGCCUCAUCACGCAAGAGAAUCGACCCGUGGCUAGGGCGCUACCGUAUUCAUUCUCAACUGAAUUGUUUUUCUUGACCCAUCGAGCGCUCGAGUUAGGUGCCAAAGCGGUUCACAGUCAAAUGCUGCAAAUGAGCCAGAAUUUCAGCCGAUUGCAACGCGCCUAUCAAGACGCCGAACAGAGCGGCCAAACUCCCGUUGCCGAACAGAUCCAAGAGCGAAUGGACGUCAUGAUGUCCAGCUAUCUUAGUUUUAAGGCAGUUCUAUUAGUACCCGAAUGGUUAAAGCUGCAUUUCGAAUUCAUCUUAGCUACUUCGAAAUGGUUGUGUGCAACGGCAUUGGGUACCCAUCCAUCAAAUGUCACCUCUUCGGAUCUCAGCUCCAACAUGGAAGUUUCGUCCGAAUUGCUGAGCUGUAUUCCAGAAUUUUGUUUAUCAAACGUCAUGGACUUUGUGGUGUUCGCCAACCGCUUCUCUCCUACGACACUUGAUCGAAGCAAAUUGGACGAUCUGUUGACUCUGAUUGUCGUUUUCAUGGGGUCUCCUAACCGGUUGAAGAAUCCGCACAUGAGAGCUGCAAUGGCCGAAAUGCUGGACGGUUUGAUGCCACCCGAUCGAGGACAAGCAACUCCUCCUAGUUCAAGAACGAAACUGUUUGUCGAGCAUCCUCAUUCAAAGGAUGUUGUUCGUACUCUUCUCCACGUCUUUGCCAGCAUCGAAAUGACUGGGCAAGGUGUCGCAUUUGAACAGAAAUUCAACUACAGACGGCCAAUGUACGCGGCCAUGAAGUUUCUAUGGAGUUUGAAACUUCACCAACGUCAAUUCAAACGACUAGCCGUGGAGGCUGAAGCGAACAUGGAAGCCGCCCAACCGCCGCUGUUUCUGCAGUUUGUUAAUUUACUCAUCAACGAUGCCAUUUAUUUGCUGGACGAGGGUCUUUCGUACAUGGCCCAGCUGAAAGAACAGCAAAUUCAGAGAAGCGACGGAUCUUGGCCGAACGUCCCAGCUGGACCGCAACGUCACCAGAGAGAGGCCACCUAUCAGCACAUUACCAUGCUGGCCAGAUUCCACAAUUUGAUGGGUCGCGAGACCAUCCGCAUUCUCGACAUGAUGACCACUGACAUUAAAGGAGUCUUUGUUCAUUCAGCCAUGGUAGACCGGAUAGCUUCAAUGCUGAAUUAUUUUCUUCUCCAUUUGGUAGGGCCUAAGAAACGAGACUUUAAGGUUAAGGACGUUGGUGAUUACGAAUUUGAUCCGGCUGAAUUAGUUUCAUGCAUCUGCCAAAUUUAUUGUCAUUUGAGCGAUGCCGAUGUGUUUUGCACGGCUGUUUCGCAAGAUGGCCGAUCCUAUAGCUCGCAACUAUUUGAAUUGGCCGAGGAUGUUCUCAGCCGGAUUGGACGAGGAGCACUUAUCGGGGACCUGCGUUUAGUAGCUGAAAAGGUGGCCAAACUGGCAACUGCCCAGGCGUCUGACGAAGAUUUAAUCAGCGCCGCACCGGACGAAUUCCUUGAUCCCAUUAUGUCAUCCAUCAUGAUGAAUCCGGUCAUUCUCCCUUCAUCACGAGUUACCGUCGAUCGCUCCACAAUAGCGAGACAUUUGCUGAGUGAUCAAAGUGAUCCCUUUAAUCGUUCACCAUUGACUAUGGAAGAAAUCUUACCAGAUGAUGAACUUAGAAAAAGAAUUCAUCAGUGGAUAUCAGAAGUCAAGAAAAAGGCGAUAGUGCGCGAGGAUCUUCCACAUUAGAAUAAAAGAAAAGAAUUUCUCAUAAGGGUUGUCUUCCCGGUUCCCUUGGGCUCAUAUCUUGUUACUCCUCCUAUUACUUUGUAAAUAUUUAAAAAAUCAUAUAAAUUGGAG